AUGGAUUUUGAUGGAGUUCAAGCUUAUACAUUAACUGAGGUUCAGCAACGGACAUCAAACAACCUCAAUAUCCGGGAUAUGUGUCUGAAGCACUUGACAGAAACACAAAGUAUCGAGCCCGCAUCAACCUGGAACAGUCCAUUAAGCCUGCCAGUAGUUGUGGCGAUUACCUGGUCAUCCAAAGCGACAGAUCCUCGAGAUAGCAUAUAUGGACUACUGGGUAUUGCUCGCCAUGAUCCUGGCCUGGACGUGAUUGCCGACUAUAAGUGGCCAGCUGAAGAACUGUUUAUCGAGUUUGCGAGACGCUUUAUGGAGGGCUCUCCAAAAGAACCGAUCCAGGAAUGGAAAAGUGGGAUAUGCAAAUAUUUUGACAGUCUUGAAGGUCUGCCAUAUCUUCAACGCCCAUUUACAUCUGCCAUCCAACCCGAACUUCCAUCGUGGGUCGCGGACUUCAACAGCCCUUUGGUGAUGAACCGAUUGUGGUCCCCAGACUUCAGUGCUGGCACGAUGAAUGGUCCACCGAAAAUAAUUCCCUCCUCCAAUCCUCUGAUGCUCCAUCUGAAAGGUAUAUGCUGCGACUAUGCCGUCCACGUCGAGCCAAGGGUAUUUGAACCUGAUCAAUACGGUGUAUCAAUCCGCAAUUGGAUUGGGAUGAUGAAACGCAUGAGCCCGGCCUAUGUUGCCACAGGCGAAGCUCGAAUCGAAGCAUUUUGGCGUACGCUUAUGACAAACCGACAGCAUCACAGUAGUCAAAAACCUGGAGAUGAAACAAAAAAGUCUUUCAAGAUCAUGGUGGGCACAUUGAUGGCGUUAGUACUCGAUGGGCCAGGAUCAAAGGAUGACCCAGGACUGCGCAAUGAUUACAGUGAAUUGCAGGUAUCUGAUAUCUCAGAAUCUCUCCCAUCAUUUGACGAAAUAAAAGAAAUAAGUGAUGAGGUCAUAAAAUCAAACCCAGAGUCUCCAGAGUCAGAGAAACUCAUCGACCUCUCUUUCAUGCGAACGGAAACUAGCAAGUUGGCUUGCAGCAUGAGGCAAUAUUAUACAGCCAGGACUCUCUUCACUACCAAGUAUGGAUAUCUCGAUCUUGCACCAUUGACUAUCUGUCCUGGCGAUGAAGUGUGGAUCAUUCCGGGUGCACGAGUGCCAUUCAUCCUGAGGAAGCUUCCUAAUGACGAUUCGGAGCGUCGAACGGUUGUCUGUGAGGUGUAUGUCCACGGCAUCAUGCAUGGAGAAGUAGUUCUAGAUCAUCAUGGGGAGUUUUCUCCGGCAGAAGUGGUGUAA